AUGAAGAUCUUUCAUUUAAACGCGAAUAAGUUUAGCGGUCUACUUCCAUCAACAUUUAGCAAUGAUUGUCGGCUCGUGUCCAUCAAUUUGGGAACCAACAAAUUGGAAGGACGAUUACCUAGAUCCUUAAACAACUGCCAAUAUCUAAAGGGCCUUGACAUUGGAAAUAAUAGAAUACAAGAUGAAUUUCCAUUUUGGAUGGAAGGUCUUCCCGAGCUUCGAGUUCUAGUGUUGAGGUCUAACAAGUUUGGUGGUAACAUGUCACGUCCUUCAUCAAACAAGAUUCUAUUUCCUAUGUUGCAAGUUUUAGAUGUAUCCAAUAAUGAACUUGUGGGCUCUCUGCCUCAAACAUAUUUCAAGAAUUUCAAAGCAAUGACAGAGGCAAUAGGAAUAGAUUAUGACAGCUUUCUAGCAAAUCUGGAGAUGAAGCUUACCUUGAAAGGUCAGGAUCAAUUAUUGAAUAGACUAUUGGAAACCUUUACGUCAAUAGAUCUGUCAUCCAAUAGAUUCUCUGGAAUUAUUCCAACUUCCACAGAGAAACUUAAGAUUCUCAAAUACUUGAACUUGUCCCACAAGGACAUAUACCUUCAUCUCUUGGUAACAUGA